GGCCCCGUUGCGGCGCUGCCCGGCCGCCGCCGCGGCGCCCUGCCCCCGUCCUGCCCGCCAAUGAGGGCCGCGGCCGUCACGGCGGCGCGUCACGCGGGCGGCCGCCAAGAUGGCGAAGGUCUCGGAGAUGUACGACGUGACCUGGGAAGAUAUGCGUGAUAAAAUGAGGAAAUGGAGGGAAGAAAACUACCGAAACAGUGAACAGAUAGUGGAUGUGGGAGAAGAGUUAAUUAACGAAUAUGCAUCUAAGCUUGGAGAUGACAUUUGGAUAAUAUAUGAACAGGUGAUGAUUGCUGCCCUGGACUGCAGUCGAGAUGAUUUGGCAUUGUUUUGUCUUCAGGAACUAAGGCGGCAGUUUCCUGGGAGCCACAGGGUUAAGAGAUUAACUGGAAUGAGAUUUGAAGCUAUGGAAAGGUAUGAUGAUGCUAUCCAGUUAUAUGAUAGAAUUUUACAAGAAGAUUCAACCAACACAGCAGCAAGAAAGCGUAAGAUUGCCAUUCGAAAAGCCCAGGGGAAAAAUCUUGAGGCCAUCCGAGAGCUGAAUGAGUAUCUGGAACAAUUUGUCGGAGACCAAGAAGCUUGGCAUGAACUUGCCGAACUUUACAUCAAUGAACAUGACUAUGCAAAGGCAGCCUUCUGCUUAGAGGAACUUAUGAUGACUAAUCCACACAAUCACUUAUAUUGUCAGCAAUACGCUGAAGUUAAAUAUACUCAAGGGGGGCUUGAAAACCUUGAACUAUCAAGAAAGUAUUUUGCACAAGCACUGAAGCUGAACAACAGAAAUAUGAGAGCUUUGUUCGGACUUUACAUGUCUGCCAGCCAUAUUGCCUCCAACCCAAAAGCAAGUGCAAAAAUGAAAAAAGAUAAUAUGAAAUAUGCCAGUUGGGCAGCUAACCAAAUAAAUAGAGCGUACCAGUUUGCAGGCCGCAGUAAGAAAGAGACUAAAUACUCCCUGAAGGCAGUGGAAGAUAUGUUGGAGACCCUGCAAAUCACUCAAUCUUAGAUUGGCACAAAGAGAUCCAAUAUUAAAUUUUCCAAUUCUGCGAUCAACCUUUAAUGACCUAUGGGUUAAGUUACUGUAGUGGUGUUAAAAAUUAAUUUUGUAUUGAUUAAUAUGGCUAUCUAAAAUGUUUUUAUGAAAAGUAAAACGCCUGUUUAUUGCUGCUAUGAGAAAUAUGGUGAAUGCACACUGAAAUGAAUAACUUAUCCCAGGAAGACAGCUUAAAGAAAUUAAAUAUGUUGCACAUCAUUCUCUUUUGUAUGUACAGUACCUGCUUUUAAGCCAUAAUUUGUAGAAAUAAACCUGUUAAAUGAUUAAAAAACAAAAAAGCUACAGUGAUUUAUUGGGUCUGCCAGUUGAAGUUACAAAUUUAUAUAUGUAGAUGGAUAUGGUGUGAUGGAAAACUUUAUCUUACUUGUAUAUUUAAGGGUUAAAGUGUGCUACAGGUAUAUACUUUCUGGCCAAUAUUUACCAUACAAGAUGUGAUUGUUGUGCAUGAAUAUACUUUUAUUAGAGAAAAAAGUUAAUAGUUUCAGUAAGGUAUUGUUAUCCGGUAUUACAGAAAUGGAGAAAACUUAUUUGUAUACUUUGCUCCAGUGGGGCUUUUGUACUGGCUUAAGGCCAAAGACAUUCCUUUCUGUGGCUUUUGUGGGCAAAUGCUUGCAUGUCCACUUAGUUCUCCAAUCGGUAUAUGUAUAUGCACUUUUUAUUCCUUCUGUCUGUCCUUUGUUGUACAUAUGCUUCACAUCAAGAGUUUAAAGACCUUUUGAAAACAGG